UUAAAGAAGUUAGAUUUAGAAGUGAGAGUGAUAUAGAGCGUGAAUUAGAGUUUAUUGAAGAUCUUGAUUACAUCCCACCUCCUAAUCUGUGUAGUGAAAGUUACAAAACAAAAGAAAUGUCAUCAGAAGAGACACUGAGUGUUGGGGGAAGUGAGGAGGUUGGGGUGAUGGAGCAUGAAGAAAUGAGUGUGGAGACUGAGUCUUCUGGGUUAGAGAGGAUUGAGGAAGUAAUAGGCGGGGAUGAGGGGAUUCUAUCUAAUAUUUUAGAAGUUGAGGGAGUUGGAGGAAUGGCUAUCCUCAAGAAGCCAAAGAAGAAGUCAAAGACUUCUGCAGCAACUGAAAAUUGUAGGAAGAAGGUCAAGGCCCAACAUCCUAAACUGGAUGUGACCACCUUUACCUUUAGAGAUCAAGAAGGAGGAGUGGCGGAAAAGGGUGAUAGCAAAACGGUUGACUUCCAUCCCAAAGUCAAGUUAAGGUGGGAUCACGACAAUGAUGGCCGCACCAUUUUUCCUCCAAAAUUUGACUUCAAUUUUGUAGUAGUUGAAGAAGAAGCAGAGGUAGCUGGAGGUGCUGAGGUUGGAGAGAACAAACCAUAGUAAGAAGUGAACCAGCAACUUCCAUCGGCAGAGUAGCCAUCUUUGUUUUCAUGAUUUCUGUGUUUUGUUUUGAUAAUUGAACAAUAUGUUUGAAACAUUCUUAUAAUUUUUAUACAUUAGUUUUAUUGAUAUAUUUGUGAUUUGUUUUAUUCAUUUGUGUCAUUUUGUAUUUGUUUAAGAUAGAAACUGAAAUAAAAUAUGAAAUCACCU